UCUCGCACGUUCUAGUACAUUGUGGGGUGCUGCGCCUGGCACGUGCUGGUGGGAGCGGUGGAGGAAGCAGUUACUGGUCCUGGCUGCACCAAACAUGGGGUCUGUGUUUGAAGAUCUAUCUGCUGAUCAGGCAGAUACUGGCACAAGUGAGAUUGAAAGCCUGUGCAUGAACUGCCAUAAAAAUGGCACCACCAGACUUCUGCUGACCAGAAUUCCAUUCUACAAGGAAGUGAUCCUCAUGUCCUUUGAGUGUCCCGAAUGCGGCUUCAAGAAUAACGAGAUUCAGUCAGGCCAGGAGAUCCAGGAGAAGGGAAUCACGCUCACGCUGCAGCUGACUUCGGCCACCGACAUGGACCGCACGCUGGUGAAGUCGGAGCACGCCUGUAUCCGCGUGCCCGAGCUGGAGCUGGAGAUCCCGGCCAAAAAAGCAGAGGUGACGACGGUGGAGGGCGUGCUGAGUCGGACGGCCGAGGACCUGGAGUCGGACCAGCCGGUGCGGCGCGCCCUCGACCCGGACGCCGCCACAAAGAUUGACGAGUUCGUCGGCCGGGUGCGGGACGUGCUGGCUCUCCGCACCGCGGCCACCCUGGUGCUGGACGACCCGUCUGGUAACAGCUACAUCGAGAACCGACUGGCGCCGGCAGCGGACCCGCAGCUGCUCUCGGUCACCUACACCCGCAGCCGCCAGCAGGACAAACUGGUCGGCCAGACGUCCACGUACGACCAGUACGAGUUUACGGACGGUUCGCAGCCGCAGGAGGACACGAGCCGGAUCGACCCCGACAAGGUCACGGCCGACCAGCUGAAGAAUGAAGUGCUCGUCUUCCCCACCAACUGUCCGUCGUGUUCUGCGCCCUGUCAGACCAACAUGAAGGUGACAGAGAUACCGCACUUCAAGCAGGUGGUGAUCAUGGCGACCAACUGUGAGAGCUGCGGCGCGCGCACCAACGAGGUCAAGUCGGGCGCCGGCCUGGAGGCGCGCGGCCGCCGCCUCACGCUGAAGAUCACCGAGCCGCUCGACAUGUGCCGCGACCUGCUCAAGUCGGAGACGUGCUCGGUGGAGGUGCCCGAGCUGAAGAUCCACGCCGGCGCGCACGCCAUCAGCGGCCGCUUCACCACCGUCGAGGGCCUGCUGGAGAACAUCAAGGACGACCUGCAGAAGAACCCGAUGUUCAGCGGCGACAGCCGGCCGGACGGUGACGUCCGCAAGCUGGCCGAGCUGUGUCGCCAGAUCGACGAGGUGAUCGCCUGCAGGCUGCCGGCCACGCUCGUGCUGGACGACCCGGCCGGCAACAGUCACAUCCAGAGCGUGACCGCCCCGGAGCCCGACCCGAGCCUCAGCGUCGAAGAUUACGAGCGCACCUUCGAACAGAACGAGGAGCUGGGCAUCAACGACAUGAAGCUGGACAACUACACGUGAUGGGGCCGACGGCCGCGCCGGACCUGGCUGGUCGGGCUCGCCGUCGACUCCGAGCCGCCGUGGCGAGGGGUGCAGCCCGCUCGUGCGCGCGCCUCGGGCACCGCAGGCGCGUGGGAAACCGGAGCGGUGGAAUGUGGACGGCUGCAUGGAUGUGGUCGUGGAUUUGUGAGGGUUGGUGGGACGGACCCUUCCAGCUCUGUCUGGAUGGCAGCGACACACGUUGGGUAAAAGACGUCAUGCGCUCUGGCCCUGAUCUUGUCGGGUUUGAUGUGUUUGUGCUGUUGAUGAUGGUUGUUAUGCUCAUAGGGUUUUGUAGCGACGGACAACCUGUUUAAGGUAUGGUGACAUUGCUAUUUGACGCAUUUUGUUCCACUCUGCUUUUGAAAGACGCUCCAUGUAGUGCAAAAUUUGAAAGCGGAUGAUGUGCUUUUUACAUGCGAUAUGUUCAGUGUACAUGAGACCAUUUUUUAGGAUAAGAUGAUAAAAUAUAUGAAUAAGAUUGA